UGGUUUUAAUAACAAGAAACGAGGUGGCACACAACUAUUUUUUUAAAUGCCAAACGCUUUUGCUAUUAUAAAUAGUUAUCAUGACUCUCGAAUUCAUUCACCUCGUUCAAGUACAAACAAGCGAGUUGAAGAAAACUGGUGGGUGUGUGUUAUCUGCAACACCGACUGGCAAGCGGCCCUUUCUUCAUACCGUCGCUUUAGCACCUUGCUGUCCAUAACUGGUUUAUUGUACUGGGAAAGUGUUGACUGAAGUGGCAUUCUAGAUACUCUUACAAACUGACCCAUAAUUUUCACUUUGUUUAAAAAAGUGAAUAGGCUCCAGUGACGUGUUUAUGUUUGUCGUAAAGUAGCCAGAGUCGUAUGUUUGGCCAGAGAAGUGAAGUUCAGUAAGCAAGAGUAGUUUAGGCUGCACUGGUAACAGAGAACUCACGAUGGCCUCUUCUGUGUGCAAUGGGGACUGUCCUGAUCAUCACACAGAACGCUAUGAGGAUAAAGUGCAUCCCCGCACACUGAUCCCUGAGCUCUGCAGGCAGUUUUACCAGCUGGGCUGGGUGACAGGCACUGGAGGAGGCAUCAGCCUCAAGCAUGGAGAUCAGAUCUUCAUUGCCCCUUCAGGAGUGCAGAAGGAGCGAAUCCAGCCUGAAGACAUGUUUGUAUGUGAUUUGGAGGAACGGGAUAUCAGCUGCCCUCCUGCCUGUAAAAAACUGAAGAAGAGCCAGUGCACCCCCCUUUUCAUGAAUGCCUACACAAUGAGAGGGGCUGGUGCAGUGAUCCACACCCACUCAAAGGCAGCAGUGUUGGCUACCCUGCUCUUCCCUGGAAAGGAGUUCCGCAUCACUCACCAGGAGAUGAUCAAGGGCAUUCGUAAGGGCAGCUCGGGGACCAGCUACAGAUACGAUGACACCCUGGUGGUCCCCAUCAUCGAGAACACCCCUGAGGAGAAGGAUCUGAAAGACAGGAUGGCACGAGCAAUGGCUCAGUACCCAGAGUCCUGUGCAGUACUGGUGCGACGCCAUGGGGUAUACGUCUGGGGGGAGUCCUGGGAGAAGGCCAAGACCAUGUGUGAAUGCUAUGACUACCUCUUUGAUAUUGCUGUCCAGAUGAAGCAGUGUGGUCUGGACCCAUCCCAGCUCCCAGCCAAGGAGAAAGGAAUAGUAUGAAAUUGGAGGGUGUAACCUUAAAAUUAAAUUGAAAUGCUGAAACCCAUUGAUUUUAACAGCUUCAGUCUGUGUGCGGAAGUAUUCACCCCCCUGCAAAGUUUUCACAUUUUGUUGGCACCUGAGCGUACUGCACAACGCUUUCAAAUUAGACUUUACAUAUAGAAUCUACACAAACUCCUCCACAUUGAUGUUAAAAAAUGUGUAUAGAAUAUAAAUAAGGAAGAUUUAAAGAGGCAGCUGCUAAAAGAUUAAUCUCAGUUGCAUAAGUAUUCAACCCCUUUGCUACUGCAGUCCUAAAUCAGCUGAGGUGCAAAU